AUGUUUAUCAUUCCCCUUCUCUUUUUGGCCCUUGGGACAUGUGGUGCAACUAAUUCUACAUGCGAUGUUUACCCGCCAAGUAGACUCCCAACUCAAGAUCCAUGGUAUACGAUGCCAGACGGCGCUACCUGCUCCGAGGCUGGAAGUCCUGGAACAGUUCUGCGCCUCCGGCGCGCACCACAUGAAACCCUUCACGCGAUGAAUGGCACCAAAGCUGCAUGGAAUAUUCUGUACUGCACGACCGACUCCAACAACAAGCCUACUUUCGCAGUCACCACUGUUCUGAUUCCUGACAACUCGACGGUAGACUCAAUGGUCACAUAUCACGUUGCGUACGACUCGCCCAAUAUCGAUCAGAGCCCCAGCUACAUCAUGAACGACCUUCAAACCUCUCCUACCGAUCAAAAGGUUCAAAUGCCACUUUUUUUUGACCAAGGCUGGGUUAUCAAUCUGCCUGACUAUGAAGGGCCAACAGCAAGCCUUGGAAGCGGCCACAUGUCCGGUCAAGCGUCACUGGAUUCAAUCAGAGCAGUACUAAACACGAAGGAAACAUUGGAACUAAAGAGUCAGAUUCAAUUGGCAUUGUACGGUUACUCGGGUGGAGCAUUCGCGGCCGGAUGGGCGGCAGUGUUGCAGCCAGCAUAUGCGCCCGAGCUUCUCAUUACAGGCACUGCAUUAGGUGGACUCCCAGCUAACAUGACUGAUGUUGUGCUUGCUGUCAAUAAACAACCCCCAGCAGCCAUUGUUGACGUUGCUUUUCUUGGAUGGUCCCAGCAGCACACCGAGUUCAACUCUACCAUGCGAGAGCAGUUGGAAAAGUCUGGCGGGAGCAACACAACUACAUUCUUGAGUGGACUUUAUGAAGGAUUAUCCACUAUAGCACCAAAAUUUGCCAAUCAAGACAUGUCGAAAUAUUUUGCGGAUGGAUUCGCUUGGCUACACCAAGCUAGCAUACAGAAAAUGCUGAAACACGAUGUUGAAUUCGGUCCACAACCUACUCCACGAAUGCCUCUUUUCAUUUUCCAUUCUACAAACGACACACAGUCACCAUUCGAGAGUACAAACGAACUUGUCACGAGGUAUUGUGAUGAUGGCGCUUCCCUUGACUUUCUUCGUAACUCGUACGGAGACCAUAAUCUGGAGGCGUACAUACAUGUCUAUGAAGCUAUCGAGUGGAUUUAUGGUAUUCUAAACCACCCGAGAAACAGCUCGUCGCAUUGUACGACACGUGACGUCUACCAGGAGCUCGACAAGUCCAUUCGGGAUAGAAUUACUAGCGCGCUCGCUCGUCUAGGCUUACCUACGAAUAUCUCAUCGGUUUCAUAA